AUGCACUGUCUGAAACUCUCCACCCUGCUCCUUGUCGCCUCCGUAUCCCUGAGCUCUUUGGACGAAUCACAGGCUGCCCCGAGCAGAAGCCAAGGUGUUGUGCCCCCUGAGUGGAACUCCUGGUUGGUCCCCAUGCUGAGGAAGAGGGCCCUAAUGGGCUGGUCAGCUGCUUUACCUGUGGAAGAGCUUUUCAAAGCUAAGAGCAUUCGUGUGAAGAAGAGGAAGUGUAACACUGCCACCUGUGUGACACAACGGCUGGCAGACUUUUUGAGUCGAUCCAACAACAACUGGGGUGCCUUCUACAUACCAACAAAUGUGGGAUCAAACACUUAUGGCAAGAGAGAUGCCGUGGGGCCGUACAGCAGAGAACUCUUCAGUUACCUCCAACGUUAA